CCCCCGCUUCUCAUCUAUCUGGACGCGCAUCGGCCGGGUCAUUCCGUAUCUGGCAAAUUUCGAGCUGGCAGGAAGGGUUCUGGAACAACACUGUGACGGCAUCGCAGACUGCUUCUCGGAUGACAGGCUGUUUUGCUCAUGCCUUCGCGCGGCCGAAGCGUCAUUGACUCCCCGAAUCCACCUUCGUCUGACUCGCGACCACCACGGCCGAGCAGGGUCCCGUUUCCGCCCCCGCGACCACCACGGCCGAGCGGGGUCCCUUCAAUUUCGGACGCCCCGAAGGGCCUCGAUCUGGGACCCCCGCCAUCGGCGAGACGACUGGACUCGUCUCUUUACUCAGGUGCGCCUUACGUUUCUCCCAUCCCGGAAGAAAGCCCGCGCUCCCGGUCUCAUGCGUCCUAUGCGUCGAGCGCCGCGAUGCCCGAGGAUGAUACCGAUCGGCUGGUGAGAAACGCGAGCGUUGGGAAGAGAGCGAAACCCACGCUCGUGAGCGCAGCGCCCUCUCGGGGACUGGAGUCGAGAGACCGUCGUCCUCCGCCUCUGGACAUCGACUCUGUGCGAAGAGCCGAGGCCCGGGGGAGCAUAACAAGCCUGCCCGAUCUUAUACGCCGUGCAACAAGGCUGGCCGCGAGUCUGGAGAGAGGACGGAGACCAGCCAGCCGGUUUGAUGACCUCGAUGAUAGCCACCAUGAGGCCCGCGACAACGGACGUGUCCCUGAAAGGUACCAGUCAGGCCUCUCCGACAUGCUGGCUGCGUUUCCCCCGCCGGCGCAUCCACCCUCAAGGCAGAACCGCCGUAGCAUACGGGACAGUAUGCGAGGACAGAUCCAGUCCUGGCCUCUGCCAGUCCAUUUCUAUCGCGCUCCAAACACCUCACAAGACGCGGUUCCCUACAGCGACUCGCAGCGGUCCGAUCGAAAACGCCGGCGCCGGUGUUGCGGCCUUCCAAUCUGGGGGUGCAUUUUCUUGGCACUUGUGAUCUUGAUCCUGGUCGCUGCCGCCGUGGUCCUGCCGGUUUACUUCUACGUCAUCCGGAAGCAAGAAACCCCAUCGCAGAAUGCGGCUCAGCAAUGCCAACAACAACUGGCAUGUGCUAAUGGUGGCAGAAGUAUGGCUAUCAACGGGAAGUGCUCCUGCGUGUGCUCAGCCGGCUUCACUGGCCCGGACUGUACAACGGUCGACACCACGGGUUGCACGACCAUUUCGCUGGCCAACCCCGGCAAUAGCGAUAACUUUACCAUUGGAAAUGCCAUCCCACGGCUCAUCCAGCAAGCGCACACCAACUUCUCCAUCCAGUUGGCUGCGAACGAGAUUCUCGCCAGAUUCAGCUCGGGUAACCUAAGUUGCACAGCUGAGAAUGCGCUGGUAACAUUCAACGGGCGUGCGACACGACAGGAGACACCUUCUAACCAGGCCGCUUUUGUCAACUCGGCAAAUGCGGUGAUCAUAAACGGCAUCUUCUACGUGACGAUCACUGUUGUGAUCGCGCCCCAGACAACGUUUACGUUGCCGCCGACAUGGUCAACGUCCGGAGCAGGUGACGGGACGAGUGUUUCGACCAGUGUCUCGACGAGUGUCCUGACGAGUGUCUCGACGAGUGUCACCUCGGGCUCCGUCAGCAGCCAACCGCCUCCAUCGGUCACGAGCGCCCCGACAGCCACGAGCAAGGUCACGACCACCACGACCAUGUCGUCUGGUGCACCGCUGCCGACAUCGAUGUUCCCUGUCACGGAGGACGUGCUCGACUUCGCCCGGGUGGCUGUCUUGUAUAUCCUGCAGGAAGACAACCUUGCGGAUGCUGAACUUGCCCAGUUGGCGUUGCAGAAUUUUCUCAGCUCCGGGAACAGCGUUGACGCGGCGCGCAACGUGCCAAUUGGGGGCGGGCAGUCAGUUGAUCUCGUCGAUUUUGUCAUUAAUAUGGGCGGCUCCGGUGGGAAGGUUGGCGGGGUUUCUUCGGUCGCGGCGCGUGGAAGGAUAGGAGGAGUCGGGGACUUUUGGGGUCGGCGUAUACGGAUAUGAAAAUAAAUACUCAUAUCAUCAUCAGUACUAGUAUAGUAAUCUUUAGUUCGGGGAUGAGUUGCCAUUUGCUUGGGGGCUUGAUAUCCGCUGGGAAGGGAACGUCCUCGCACAGGAGAUGCGAUCAUCUCUUGCGAUCAGUACAUAUUGUUACUUGUUGUACAUUAGAACACCACUUUCAGGGAGCUGGUUAGUCUUCUUUGGGUUGCAUUCUUCGAAAGGGUACAUGGGUCUUUUACCUAGAAUUGAAGGGAUUGAAGAGGGAGGUGGGCUCAUUUGCUUGGGUAGUUAGAGUUCGGCAUCAGCUGUGCACUAGUAUUUGUGAAGGAUAGAAACCUAAGAAUACAGGAUCCGAAGCAUACAGCAAUCUUAUUGGUAUGCAGUUGUUGGAAAUAUCAAGAUUGUUACGGACCAGAA